AUGCGAAAAUAUCGUCUCAUCCGGGCGGAUCAAUUCAAAUGGCAUCACAAUUGGAAUUUGUUUAUCGAGCCACUGACUGAAUGUUUAGCCUAUCCGGACACACGGGAACAGUCCGUGCCUCAGAUCAACAAACGUCUGAAUGGAGAGAAUUCGCGAACUAGCACAACUCGUUUCAUCCCGGGCAUGUUCGCCAUUCGAGUCGAAUUGGCUGGGACAGAAGUGUGUCGUCAAUCGAUUAGUCUGGUCGAUUUGCUCUGUCAACAACAUCGAGGUGUCCAGCAGUGGACUGUCUGGAACAAUUUACCCAUCCAGUUAGAUUCACUGAUUCAAUUACUACUGGAUACGUACUACACGAUUCGGUGA